GAAAUGGCGAUUUCACAGAGCCUACUUGGGAACCUGGAAGACCUGCGUGAUGAUGAUUUUGAGAAGUUUAAGUGGUACCUUACGAUGAACGUGUUGGACAGCUGCAGACCCAUUCCUAAAUCCCGUCUAGAGAAAGCGUCCCGGCCGGACACUGUGACUGAGAUUAUACAGAUCUACGGUGAAGAGUGCGCUGUGAAGAUCACUGUUGAGAUCCUAAUGAAAAUAUACAACAACAACGCCGCAGAGACGUUAAAGCAAGCAUACGCAGUGGCAGUGGAUGGAGGAGAAGCUACACCCUCCACCUCCUGCUCUGCUUUGGCACCUCCUGCUGCUCCUCCUGCUCAGAAAGGAAUGGUGAUCAUCAAUGGGAGUGUGGUCAUCCAUGGGAGUGUGGUCAUCACAAAGCCUACAGAGUUUAAUUCACCUUGAUUUACAUUACGAGCUUUUAGAAACACCUCAGACAAAUCCCUCGAUAGAGUCCACUGCUGAGGAGGAAUACUACUGUCAACGUCCUGACAGAGACAAUAGAGCUCAGUGUAGGAAGUUUUCUUUAAAGACAUGACUGAUGACUGAGACAUGACUGGCCAAGAAAAAGAAACUUCAAAAUGUUUUUAACUUCUUCACGGAGACAACAAACGAGCAAGACCUCAUAAAAGACAUCACAGAAUACAAACAGGACCUGGACUACAAACAAACUCAGAUGGAUGAUCAGUGAAAGACCAGCGAUGAGAUGCAGAGAUGCAUGCACUGACAGACUUGAUACCCUUUUUGCAUCAUUUUAGCCCAUUUUUAGCCUUUUCUAAACACAUUCCAUGAAC